AUGAACUUUCGAUUAGGAUACCUCAGAAGAUCUAAUUGUCUUCUCUGGAAGUGGCUCACUUGUUACAGCCAUUUCUCCACUGCGGCGGUAUGUUCCUUAUAUUCUUCCGAUUGCCUCACCAGCCUUUCAGCCUGUGCGACUUCAAACCGGAAUUUAUUCGUAAUUUUUGCAUCAUUGCCCACAUCGAUCAUGGAAAGAGUACCCUUGUUGAUCGCCUACUUGAGUAUGCAGGUUCGUCGUCUCCUAUCCUCACAGACACCCCCCCCCUUCCCCUAGGAGUCAUCGAGAAAAGCCACGCCAAUGCGCAGGUGUUGGACACGUUGAGUGUGGAGCGUGCUAGAGGCAUCACUGUGAAGGCUCGAAGUGCGGCCAUGUUUUGUCGCUUUGAAAAUCAGACCUUCCUGCUCAACCUUCUGGACACUCCUGUUAGCGGAAUAGAUUGAUUUUCCCUAAUAUCUCGCCUCCUGUUAACUUUUUUAGGGUCAUGCGGACUUUACUUACGAAGUAAAGAAAUCAAUAAUGGCUUCUGAUAAUGCCUUGCUGCUCGUAGACGCUUGCGAGGUGGGAACGUCGUUUGCAUCUAGGUUAACGUCCGACAGGGUGUGAUGGCUCAAACUUUAGCGACCUUCCACAUGGCCACCUCGCGUGGCCU